CUUUGCACCCUCCACCUCUCUUUCAUGUCCUAUCCUUUUAUUUAACCUUUCAUUGGUUACAUUCUAUCUGUUUAUCCACCUAUAACAUCGCUCUGCUCUUUGUCGCGCUAUACUCUCAAUACACCGUGCUAAAGUAGAGAUUCAGAGUUUGAAACCGAGACCUCUGAUUAAAGAAAAAGCAUGUCUCGUCCGCUACACCACAUCAUAUAAGCACAUUAUUUUCUUAGACACCCUUAGUACAACAAAACUUCAACUAUGUCUCAAAUUCUUGACAAUGUGAGUAGUUUGAGCUUCAUACAAAUCCUCAACACCCCUUCUUCCUACCAUUAUCAACCCUCAACGAAGCUACAUUCAUCGGUCAUCAUGAGCGCGACGAGUUUGGAGAUGUGCACUGAGACACUAGGAAGUGAGACAGGUUGUUAUUACAACGAUGACAUGGAUGAGACGAACUUUUCUUGUGGUAUUCAACGAUCAGAAUGCCAUACAUUCAAGCAAAGUGUCAAGAGGAAGGUGGAUUUUCCGCCUCCGUUGACUUCAAUCAGCGGAAUGGAAAGAGUCAGAGUGAGAUCCUAUCGAGGAGGUGGUCGCUUAGUGUUAAGAGCUGUAAGCGUCAGCAACGCUUACAGCUCUUACUUCAAAGCUGAGCGUGCAAGUGGCACGCUCAGACUUUCUUGGAGGUAUGAUAGUAAAAUGGAAGUUGAACAAAAUUGUGAAGAACAAAUGGCAAAUGGUUGUAGAAAAUUAACAAGAAGGUGUAAAGAAAAAUGUGGGAGUACAAGUAAAGGGAUUUCAAAUUAUUGCCAAUUUUGGGUGGCUAUUUCCUAAAUUAAUUGUUUUUUUUAUUUUGUUUGCAAUAAGAAAUAUAUAUUAUUAUCG